AUGUCCCCUGCAGCAACAGCUCCGCAGUACGCUCCCCCUGAUGGAGGAUGGGGCUGGGUCGUGGUCUUCGGGGCUUUCAUCUCCAUUGGAUUUUCCUAUGCAUUCCCUAAAGCCAUCACAGUGUUCUUCAAGGAAAUACAGGAUAUCUUCCACACAUCAUAUAGCGAGAUAGCUUGGAUAUCAUCAAUCAUGUUGGCUGUCAUGUAUGCAGGAGGCCCCAUAAGCAGUGUCUUGGUGAACAGAUAUGGAAGCAGGUCAAUUAUGAUGGCUGGAGGGGUCCUGUGCUCCUUUGGAAUGAUUGCCUCUUCUUUCUGCAAUAGUGUCCUGGAGCUUUACAUAUGCAUAGGUGUUAUUGGAGGUUUGGGCUUAGCUUUGAACUUGCAGCCUGCCUUGACAAUGAUCGGCAAGUAUUUCUAUAAAAAGCGUCCCAUUGCUAAUGGAUUGGCCAUGGCUGGAAGUCCUGUAUUUCUAAGUACUCUCGCACCUCUUAAUCAGUUUCUUUUUAAUGUUUUUGGCUGGAAGGGAAGCUUUCUCAUUUUGGGAGGCCUCCUCUUGAACUGCUGCGUGGCCGGGGCACUUAUGAGGCCUGUUGGACCGAAACUAGCUCCUGCUAUAAAAAAAGAUGUGGAGAAGGGAAAAGGAGACUCUGCUUUGCACAAAAACGACAAGAAAUCCAUCUGGCAAACUAUCAAUAAAUACUUAGAUUUAUCCCUCUUCAAACACAGAGGGUUCCUCAUUUAUUUGUCUGGAAAUGUUAUCAUGUUUCUUGGCUUCUUCGCCCCAAUUGUGUUUUUGGCUCCCUAUGCCAAGCACAAAGGGAUUGAUGAAUAUUCAGCGGCUUUUUUACUCUCUAUCCUGGCUUUUGUAGAUAUGUUUGCGAGGCCAUCAAUGGGUCUACUUGCAAAUUCAAAAUACAUCCGGCCAAAAAUCCAAUAUUUCUUUAGUUUUGCUGUCAUGUACAAUGGGAUCUGCCACAUCAUGUGCCCACUGGCCAAAGACUAUACUGGCCUGGUUGUGUAUGCUGUAUUUUUUGGACUUGCAUUUGGAAUGGUUAGCAGUGUCCUUUUUGAAACAUUGAUGGAUCUCGUUGGGGCUGCAAGAUUCUCCAGUGCUGUAGGACUCGUUACAAUUGUGGAGUGCUGUCCAGUCCUUUUAGGCCCUCCUUUGGGAGGUCUGCUUGUGGACUUAACUGGAAAUUACCAGUAUAUGUAUUUUGUCUGUGGAGUAAUUGUGAUCAUCUCAAGCAUCUGGCUAUUCAUUGGGAAUGCCAUUAAUUACAGGCUCUUAGCAAGGGAGAAAAAAGUAGAAGAAGAAAGGCAGAGAGCACUAAAGAAUGCCGAUUCAAAGGAAGUAGAACCUUUGACGUACAAAGAGAGUGAAGAAGCAAUCAACAGAUCUAGCAAAUCGCAAGACAGUCCAUCGGAACGAGAAACUAAUAUUUAAUAAGAAACAUGGUUCAAACUCUCAUAUUUAUGACUUCCAUUAGAAGUACUUCUUCAAAGUACAGGCCAGGUUUUGUAGU